GUAAAUAAUACCAUAUUGUUAUUUUGUUUUAUAUUUCUUGUAUUUUUGUCAGUUCAUUGGUCGUCCAACGAUUUAAAAUAUAAUAUUAUAAAUUAUAAUGUAUAUUGUAUAACAUUGUGUAUAGUGGUUCAUGCUAAUACCACAGAUCAUAUUAAAAUUAUAUAAAUAUAAUCUGUGCUAAUAUCUUAAUUUAACGAUAGUGAAACCUCCAGAGAUGGAACAAAAGUCAGAUCAAACUGUUGAGUUAGAAACCGAAGUUAUCUUAAGAGUUCCAUCGGAAGCUGCUGGUGUGUUAAGAGAGUUAAUAAAAAAAGAUGCUAAAGAACAAAUAAGUAUAAAAUUAGAAAAUGAUAUUCGCAGAGGUGAAGUUGUUAUCGGCAAUCAUCAUCUAUUUGCAAAGGUUGUUGACUUACCAACUAUUAUUGAAGGUCAAAAAACAAUUGACAACAAGACUGUGUAUAAAACUGCAGAUAUAUGCCAGAUGAUUAUAUGCAAAGAAAAUGAAGAAUUUUUACUAUCUGAUGAAGAUGAGAAAACAAAAGUUUUUAAAAAAAAAGAACCUAAUAAAGUUGAUAAAAAAUAUUUGUGGCCACAUGGUGUAACACCACCAUUAAAAAAUGUACGAAAACGAAGAUUUCGGAAAACCCUUAGAAAAAAAUAUGUUGAAGCCCCAGAAAUUGAAAAAGAGGUUAAAUAUCUUUUAAAAAGUGACAGUGAAGCUCUCAGUGUUAAAUGGGAAGUAGUAUCUGAAACAGAGGUUCAAAACAAUAGAAAAAUGAAAGAAGAACCUUUUAUGCAAGGUGAAAUGCAUAAUGAUCUAAAGCAAGACAUUGCCGAAAGAGAUAUUUUUGGUGAAGCUCUCAGUGAUUCAGAUGAAGAGGCUGGUAAUAUAAAUAUAAUGGAUAUGGAUGAAGAUAUGAGUAAUGACGAUAGUCGUUUCUCUGAUACUAAUUCAUUAAUGGAGGAAAAACCUUCAAUUUCUGGAAACCAAAAACUUGUUACAGAGUUUACUAAAGAAAUGUUUAUUUCUGAUGAUAAUUCCCAUCAUGGAAUAAAAAAGGAAGAUGGAAUAGAUUCCACCUUUGAUGAAAGUAUGGGUUAUAGAGAUGAUAUAGGUGAGGAUCUUAAGUCGGAAUUAGAACUUAGCGAUGAAAGUAAACUUGGUGAUAUACCUGUCUUAUCAACAUUGGUUCCAUUAGAAGCUGGAAAUGUGUCUGCUGAUGACAUAAAACUUAAAAUUGAUCAGUUACAACAAGAAAUCGAAGAACUUAAAGAACGUAAAAAACAACAAGAUUUGGAAAUUGCAAAUAUUGAAAAUAUAAAUUUAAGAGAACGUUUUAUAAGUAUAUCUAAUAAUUUACUUACUGAGCAACUAGAAAAAGAACAACAGAUCCAAGAACUUCAAUCAUUUAUUCUUUAAUUUAGACUAUUGAUUUUAUAAGACAACUUUAGUUUUGCCUAUAGGCUCCUAUAUUUGGGAGACGUUAGUUCUCAACGUCUAUUUGAAAUAAUACCAUAUUUGGAAUGAAUAUUUUAAGAAAUAUUGAAACAUACAUCAUACUUAAAAUAUAAAAUACAAAUUCAAAUUUGUAAAUAUUUUAUAAAUCAAAAUCAUUAUUUAUUCGUCCUGUGUUCUAAUUUCCAAGUGGGGAGACAUUUGUCUCAUUGUCUUCCAUGACACUGGUACAAUUAUAAAAUUAUUAUUAAUUUUUAGACUGGUCUUUAAUGUUUUAACUUAUA